GUAGACGACAACAAAUUUUAUACUUUCCGAAUCGAGAUUCAAGAAGUUUUAAACCAAAUUCGAAUGGAUUUUCCGGACAAAAUGGACAUGGAGAAUGAGAGGGUGCUGAAGCUGAUAUUUCCCGACGGAGUGCCGGACAACUUGCGUGGCAAUCCGGAACUGGACAACUACCUGGCCAAACUGGGCACCUGCAAGGUGGAACAGCUGAAGAAGGAGCAGACGCGCCUGGCGGACGAGGCUCGCAGCAUCCUGGAGCAGACACAGGACCUGGCCAUCUCCAACUACCGGACCUUCAUCACGACGGCGGAGAACUCACGCUCGAUUUUCAGUGAGUUCCUGCGCUCGGAGCAGCAACUGGACACGCUGGUGGGCAAGCUGCCCGACUUGAGUGCGCAGUGCGAGCGCUUCCUGCUGGACUCCGCCGAGCUGAACGAGCAGCGGCGCCUCAACUCCAUCACGCUGCAGAAGAACGCCCAGCUGCUGGAGGUCCUAGAACUGCCGCAGCUCAUGGAGCGCUGCAUCCGCGAGGGUCGCUACGAGGAGGCCCUCGAGCUGGCCGCCUACGCCACCCGGCUGGGCCAGCACCAGGGACACAUUCCCGUGGUCAAAAGCAUUGUGCGCUCGGUGGAGGCCCUGUGGCACACCAUGCUGGUCCAGCUGGUGUCCCAACUGCGCACGGACCUGCAGCUGCCCAAGUGCCUGCAGAUCGUGGGCUAUCUGCGCCGCAUGCAGGCCUUCGGGGACAACGAGCUGCGACUGAAGUUCCUGCAGGCCAGGGAUGCCUGGCUCACCUCCUGUCUGGAAGCCAUUCCCACUUCAGAUGCCCAGCAACACCUGUCCAAAACCAUCGAGAUCACGCGCAUUAAUCUCUUUAACAUCAUCACCCAGUACCGGGCUAUUUUUCCCGAGGAGGAGGGUACCUCAAAGAUCCAGACUUCGUUAAGACCGCUGCAGGGCGUCAGUUGUAAUGGCGACCGACUCUUCCAGGCCUGGUUGCACAAUAAGAUCAAUGACUUUCUGGAGACGCUUAAGAAAGAUCUUGAGCUGGGAGUGGGCUCCGUUGAGACGGUGCUGGGCCAGUGCAUGUAUUUCGGACUAUCUUUCAGUCGCGUGGGCGCUGAUUUCCGAGCCCUGAUGGCCCCCAUUUUCGUUGGCGUGAUCCGGCGUCGAUUCGAGAGCAGCGUGGAGCAGGUGAACGAGCAGUUCGAGCGGGAGCUGGAGCGCUUCACGCUGAUCAACAAGGUGGCAAUGCAUUCGCAUGCCCGCAAGCAGGUGGAUCCCGAGCAGGAGACUUUCGCGCCACCGGAAACCCUGUUGGAUUUCUAUCCGCUGGCCGCUCUGUGCAAUGGCUAUCUGGGUGCCUUGAACGAGUUGCGGCUGUGUGCUCCGCUGGCCCUGGCCACGGAUGUGACCCGCUGUUUGCAGCACUCCCUGCAAAUGGCCGCCCAGCGAGUGCUCGCCUUCUAUCGGCAGGAACAGCAGGCCUUCGCGGGCAGCGAACGGGAGGCGUUCGUCCGGCUCUGCUCGUGCCUGGCCUACGACCUGGUGCCCUAUGUGCAGCGGUGCAUCCACGGCGUCUUCCCGCCGCAGUCGCUCACCGUACACCUGGGAAUUAGCCUGCUUCAGCUGGAACAACAGCAGCUUACCUAUCUGCAGCAGGCUUGCAUUCUGGAGCCCCUGAGGCAUCUGCUGCCCAUCAAGGCGCUGGUGCAGCCGCCGGAAACGAAGCCAAACGUUGCUCAGCCAGUCGCUGCCGAGGGAUGACUUAAACACAAACAACACACAUGGAAACACAACACAAAGGGAAGUAAA